AGAAAGGGGCUAAGCAGACUUACAGGCCACGAGAGGCUUCCUCAGGAGGACUCACAAUUGCGUGGGCUCUGACGCUGUCAUCAAAACCGCGAGCUUCAGACACCUGUCAGCUUCCACGGGGAGACUCUGUUCCCGUGGACUCUUGCGCCCUCCGGCGGCCUUUCCCGAGAACGACACUUUGUUUGAACACGCGGGACGCGAAUAAAGAUUUCUUCUUCAAAAUACAGGAAGUGCCUACGGAGGCCGAGCCGCUGGGGGAGGCAGGGCAUGAAGCCGGGCGGUGACCCGAGCGCGGUUGGCGGCGGAGAUGAGCGACAUCGUGGAGAAGACGCUGACGGCGCUGCCGGGACUGUUUCUGCAGAACCAGCCGGCUGGCGGGCCCGCGGCCCCCAAGGCGUCCUUCUCCUCGAGGCUGGGCGGCCUAGUCCGCGGCAUUACCGCUCUCACUUCCAAGCACGAAGAAGAGAAAUUAAUCCAGCAGGAACUGAAUAAUCUGAAAGCAACUGUUUCUGCUCCUACUACCACACUCAAAAUGAUGAAGGAAUGUAUGGUGAGACUUAUAUAUUGUGAAAUGCUUGGAUAUGAUGCUUCUUUUGGCUAUAUACAUGCAAUCAAGUUGGCUCAACAAGGAAACCUCUUAGAAAAAAGAGUAGGUUAUUUGGCUGUUUCUUUAUUUCUACAUGAAAACCAUGAACUGUUGCUUCUCCUUGUGAAUACAGUAGUAAAGGACUUACAGAGCACUAACCUGGUAGAAGUAUGUAUGGCACUUACUAUCGUCAGCCAGAUUUUCCCUCGAGAAAUGAUUCCAGCUGUUCUUCCAUUAAUAGAAGAUAAACUUCAGCAUUCCAAGGAGAUUAUACGAAGAAAAGCUGUUCUGGCAUUAUACAAAUUCUAUCUCAUUGCUCCUAAUCAAGUACAACAUAUCCACAUUAAGUUUCGGAAGGCACUUUGUGACAGAGAUGUUGGGGUCAUGGCUGCUUCUUUGCACAUAUACCUUAGGAUGAUUAAGGAGAAUUCAUCUGCAUAUAAAGACUUGACUGGGAGUUUUGUAACUAUUUUAAAGCAAGUAGUUGGAGGAAAGCUCCCAGUAGAUUUCAAUUACCACAGUGUACCAGCACCAUGGUUACAAAUCCAGCUCUUGAGAAUACUGGGACUUCUAGGAAAAGACGAUCAAAGGACAAGUGAAUUAAUGUAUGAUGUUCUUGAUGAAUCCUUACGAAGAGCUGAGUUAAAUCACAAUGUCACUUAUGCUAUUCUGUUUGAAUGCGUACAUACAGUCUAUUCUAUUUAUCCUAAGUCAGAAUUACUUGAGAAGGCUGCUAAGUGCAUUGGAAAAUUUGUUCUCUCCCCUAAAAUCAAUCUUAAAUAUUUAGGACUGAAGGCUCUUACCUAUGUUAUUCAACAGGAUCCUACUCUGGCUCUUCAGCACCAGAUGACAAUAAUUGAAUGCUUAGACCAUCCUGAUCCCAUUAUUAAGAGAGAGACUCUGGAACUUCUUUACAGAAUUACAAAUGCACAGAAUGUAACAGUUAUUGUCCAGAAGAUGCUUGAAUAUUUACAUCAAAGCAAAGAAGAGUAUAUCAUUGUCAAUUUGGUUGGCAAAAUAGCUGAGCUGGCUGAGAAAUAUGCUCCUGAUAAUGCAUGGUUUAUUCAAACAAUGAAUGCUGUGUUUUCAGUGGGAGGAGAUGUAAUGCAUCCUGAUAUUCCCAAUAACUUCCUGAGACUGCUAGCAGAAGGUUUUGAUGAUGAAACAGAAGAUCAGCACUUGAGGCUUUAUGCAGUUCAGUCUUAUCUUACUUUACUAGAUAUGGAAAAUGCAUUUUAUCCACAGAGAUUUCUUCAAGUUAUGAGUUGGGUGUUAGGAGAGUAUUCCUACCUCUUAGAAAAGGAAAAGCCAGAGGAUGUUAUAACUAGGCUUUACAAGUUACUUAUGAAUGACUCCAUUUCUUCAGAAACAAAAGCCUGGCUGUUUGCUGCUGUGAUCAAGUUGACACCCCAAGCACAUUCUUCUAAUCUAGUUGAGAGGUUAAUCCAGGAAUUUACCAUAUCUUUGGAUACUUGUAUGAGACAGCAUGCAUUUGAAUUAAAAUAUUUGCAUGAAAAUAUAGAACUUAUGAAGAGUUUGUUUCCAGUUGAUAAGAGUUGUGAAGAAAUGGUGGUAGAUGCUUCCUUAUCUUUUCUCGAUGGUUUUGUGGCUGAAGGACUCAGUCAGGGGGCAGCACCUUAUAAACCUCAUCACCAACGCCAAGAGGAAAAGCUUUCUCAGGAAAAAGGUGAUUUUUUUCAUGAGUUUAUAACAUGUAUACGACAUGGUGUUUUUGAUAAUGUAUUUACAUUGUGGAAUGAUUAUCACAGUCCAUUAUUAAAUUCACUUGCUUUCCUUAUCUAUUUCCCUAGAACAAGUAGCUUGAAGCUAGAAGGUAUAAAGAAAUUGUGGGGAAAAGAGGGCUAUCUUCCUAAGAAGGAAAGCAAAAUUGGUGAUGAAGUGGAAGCUCCACCUAUUCCUCAAGAGAAUUUAACAAUAGAGAAUAUGGAUCAAGUUAUAACAAAAAGGGAUCAGUCUCAAGUGCUUACACAAUCUAAAGAGGAGAAAGAAAAGCAGCUGUUGGCUUCAUCAUUAUUUGUUGGGCUAGGAUCAGAAGGUACAAUCAAUUUGCUGGGAAAAGCAGACACAGUGUCUCACAAGUUCAGAAGGAAAUCAAAAGGCAAGGAAGCCCAAAGAGAAGAAACAACCAGUGCUCAUAGUGUGACCUGUUCUUCCCUUAGUUCUUUAUCAAAGGUGACCUGUGAAAAUAAUUACUUGAAUACUUUGCAAGGGAAAGAAGACAAAGAAUUCAAGAAAUUUUCUUUCAGCUCACAACUUUUGGAUUCUGAGUCUCUCACAGAACUGCCCUUGGUUGAGAAACUCUCAGAUUGCAGCCUGUCUGCACCUUCUUUGUUUGCUGAUAAUGACAUGGAAAUUUUUCAUCCUCCUCCAUCUACUGCAGCUUCAGUUGCCAAGGGAAUCUCUUUAGCUUCUUCUUUGUUGGAAGAAACUACUGAGUACAUGCAUUCAAAUCUUAUGGAGGUCUGUAAUAAUGAAGCUGUAUCAAUAUCUUCUUACAAGAUUUGGAAAGAUGAUUGUUUGUUAAUGGUCUGGUCAGUUGCUAGUAAGAGUGGUUCCGAAUUGAAAAGUGCUAACUUAGAAAUUUUUCCUGCAGAAAAUUUCAAGAUCACUGAACAACUUGGAUGUUGUUUGCCUGUAGUGGAAGCAGAAAGCACCAGAAACUUUCAAUACAGUGUACACUUGGAAAAGCCUUUUACAGAAGGAAAUCUUUCUGGCUUUAUAAAUUAUCAAUUGAUGGAUACUCAUUCUGUUCAGCUGGAAUUUUCCAUAAACUUAUCACUGUUAGAUUUCAUUAGACCAUUAAAAAUCUCAACUGAAGACUUUGGCAAACUCUGGUUAUCCUUUGCAAAUGAUGUGAAGCAAAAUAUAAAAACAUCAGAAUCUCAAGCUGCUCUGCCUUCUGCCCUAAAAACACUGCAACAGAAACUGAGACUUCAUGUUAUUGACAUUAUAGGCAAUGAGGGGCUAUUGGCCUGUCAGAUGCUCCCAUCCGUUCCCUGCUUACUGCAUUGCCGAGUUCAUACUAAUGUAAUAGCUCUGUGGUUCAGAUCCUCUUGCUCUUCUCUUCCGGACUAUUUAUCAUAUCAGUGUCAAAAGGUGAUGGAGGGAUCCUAGCAGAAACUCUGCUUAAUUUUACUCUAUCAAGAUAAAUGGUUUACAUAUAUAAACUUAUUUACCAAAGUAAAAAGAACUCAUGGUACUUUUAAUGCAAAUGGGGAUUAUUACAAGUUGUGGUUUAUGUAUUUUCUUUUUGAUUUCUGGUCAAGAAAGAUCCCCAAGAGACUGUACCCCUAACCUUUUACUCAGGAUUGUACAGUAUGUUUGUGUCCCCAAAAGUGACCUAAUCUAAUAUUAUAAAAUGCUAAUGAUUUAUAUAUCAUUUAGUGUAGAGGGACUGAAAAUAUUUAUUUUGUUACAAAUAAUUUUAUAGUAAGUUACUCUAGCUUUAGCUAAUUUAUAGUAAAGACAAGACUUGGUUCUCUGCAUUAAUGGAGGGGAGACAUGAAAUUGAUAAUCCCAAACCUAAUUAAUAUUUGGCUUUGCAAUGCAGUGUGUUUGUUGGUAGAUAAAUUGAUACUUUCAAUUAUGUUUUGCUUAUGUCAGUUGGUAUAGCACACGUAGGAGAUACACAAGCAUGCUGGAUAUUGGGGAAAUUCAGUCUCAUAUUUUUUACUAUUAUUAACUUGUUAAACAUAAUUCCAGAUUAUUUGGCUAUAAAAUCAGUCUGUUUUCCUUUUGUGCUUAUUUUAAAAUUUAAAGAGAAUCAUUGUAUUCUUAUUUUUAAAACUCAGCCAUUUACAAAGUAUUAUCAUAUAGAAACAAAACCCAGAGAGCACAAUAUGAAAGCAAACAAUAUAAAGACUUUUUGGUAUAACAAAUAUCUUAGUCAGUUACCAUUUAGGUCCUUUUGGCAAAUCAGAAUUUGUGACUAGAGUAUAAAUGAUGAAACUCAUCUUUCCUGGCCUUUGAGUCCACUAGUACUCAAUGGAUAUAGCUGAAGCAGUGACCAGCUAAGUAUAUCAUAUAGGUUCUUCAGUAAAAUAUAAUCAUUUUCAUGUUAUAGUGUGCCUAUAUGGCCUCUGUCAGAAUUGUUAUCAGUAAAAGAGGUUGUGACUAGUAUGAAUGAUGGACCAAAAUCUUGAGAUUGUACAUUUACUGAAGUAGUAUUUUAUAAAACCUUAUGGUGCUGUGGAAAAUAUUUAUUGUUUCACUUUUUCUGACACUUCACCAUGGAGACUAUUCAGGUAAUACAGUUUUAAGUCAUUGCAUUAAUACUCUGAGAAGUGGUACUUUUAUCAGGUCGGACAUUCUGGUUUUAGAUGACCUCAUCAGCCAUAUCUGAUAAAGAUGCUGAGGGGAUUCCCCAGAGCUGAUAGAUUUCAUUAGUCAUUUAUGUGUAGAACAAAAGCAAAAACUAUUUUUUAAAAUUAAUGUUUAAGUUAUUCAUUUAGAUGUAACAUCUUAUUAAUUUCACUCUUAAAAACAUGCAGUAAAACCUUGCUAGAAGAGCAAUAAGUGACUGGAAUUUCCUGCAUGAUCAGUUCUUCCUUUUGAAUAGAAGAUCAGAUUUGUUCAGCACUGUCAUAAUGAGGGGAAUGUGCUGACUCUGGGGUUGUGGUGAACACUGGUAGUUAGCCUCAUCAGUCUCUUCUUUGUUCCUGCCUGUCAGCAGCAUCCCCUAUACCUUACCUGAUCCUUUUUAUUUUUUUGACAAAUAGAAAGGAAAUGCUACCACUUUGCAAGUAAUGCAGCCUUUUGUGCAGGAGGUGCUCCAGUUUUUUGUGUCCUAACUUAUAUAUGUUUGCAUGGUUCCUGAGGCUGGGUCAGGUAUGGAGUGAUAAGGGUAAGGUGCUAGGGAGCAUAUGAACAGCUCUCAGGGAGAGAUUACAAUCAGUUUUCUGCUGCUCUGUUGCAGGUUGUGUUCAGGAGCGGCAGCAGCAGUUGUCAUGCGACAUGCUUAGCAUACAGAGCUGUCUAAUGUUGGGAAAUGUAUAAUGAUGGUAGGUCUAGGAGUUGGAGCAGGAUUUUGCCAAAAAGAACAUGGUAUUACUUUUGUUCUUUUUGAACUCUCUAAAUAAAAAGCAGAGUAACAGGGUUUCUACUGAAAUGUUUAGAGAAUGUUUACAAUUUUUAUAUUUUUAAAAGCAAAUAACAAUAAUAGAAAAGAUUAGAUAUUAAAUGACUUUAGAUCAGUAUAUAUUCUACCUAAACUCAUUGAAUGUUUUUAAGUUCUAAAUCAGGCAUCAUCAAUCUUUUUUGCAUUAUAGGGGAUAUGAUCAUAAAAUAGGGAAAAUGAUUUUUGUGGAUAGAGUCAGUCUCUUUAUGUUAUAGCCAUAAUUUAGUCAGUGAAAGGACAACAUCUGAGAUAAGAGCUGUGGGAGGGAUACUCAGCUAUUUGAAUUGCUGAGAUUAGAAAUAGCACCUAGUUUGAACCUGGGAAAAAAUAAGGAAAGAUAGGAAAGCCUUAAGAGGCUGUGGAAGAAGAAGGGUCAGACUCCCAUCAGAAGGGUUCUUGGGGAUUCAGGCAGAUGAGAGGCUCAGGGUUUGAAAGUGGACCCUGAAUUAGGGUCCUGCUCAAGAAACUACAGGGGGAGGCUGAGCAGUUACCAAGUGUUAAUGUGCCAAGCAUACAAAGCACAGCAUAUGCUCUGCAAAGGAGCAUUAUUUUAAACAAGAUUCUAUUGUCAUUUACCAAAACAAUUGUGGUAGACCUGCAGUAUAUUGUUUUUACUUUUUCUUUACUUUUAUUUCAUGUCAUUAAUAUUUUAAAAUAUUGAGCUGUUUGUCUAAUUUUUUAUGGAUAAACAUGGUCUUUGUCUCAUGAUUAUAAGCCACUGGAAGUACAAAGAACGUAUUCAUGUGUCUUUAAGGUGUUUUGCUGUGUUAAAAUUUUAGGAAAAACCCAAGUGAAUAACAAUUUAAGAGCCAUUUAUUACCUUAUUUUGGAGUUGAAUUCUGUAAUUUAAAAAAGUUCAGUUAAACAUAAUAAAUACUAAGUGAUCUAUACUUUU